ACGGAGUAUCCAGUUAAAUUAUUGAUGGUGAUGAUGAUGUUUAUGAAAUCACAGCUUCCAAACACAAAUACAAAACCCUAAUACCGAACGUUCCCUUUUCCCUCCUCCCUCUUUUACCCGCUCUCUUUUCUUCCAAAUUCCAAAAUCAACCAAACCUCUUUCAGACUUCACUCUCCAUCGUCAGAUCCGCCAGAUCUGGAAGCUUGCUGCCUCCGUCAUAGGGAAGCUAGAGAAUAUUGCGCCAGAUCCACACCACGCGCCUCCAAUCUGACGCCACGCGCCGCUGAUAUGGUUGUGAACGGAAGGCCUUUGAAGAGAAUGAAAAGGAGAGUCACCGCCGAUCUCUGCGACUUCCUUACCUUUCCUUCCGGUUUUGAAGCUCCCCAAGGGCCAUUCAGGACUAACGUUAAGGCGUUUUUAACGGAGCAUGCACUUUUCCCGCCGCCAUCUUCGCUUUUCCCUCAUCUAAUGACGUGGCAGAUCUCAUUCAGAGUCGGUGAUCUCACAGAUGGCCUCGACUCGGCUCCCGCGGUGGUCAGUUUGGAUAUCGUCGAGGAGGAUGUUGCUAAAUCCAGAUCCGUGUACUGCGAUCAGUGCCGAGUCGUUGGUUGGAGCGGGCAUCCUGUCUGUUGCAAACGUUAUCAUUUUAUCAUUAAGGCCGAUGGUAAUUCCAUUGGUGGAUAUCAUAAACCAUGCACUUGCUGUGGAGAUUUGCUGCAUAUCUCGGAAUUGAGAUGUAAGGCAUGCAAUCAUGUGACAACUGCAGAUGACGUUGAAGAUUGGGUGUAUCAUCAGCUAGAAGAUACAACUCAUCUUUUACAUGGUGUUAUCCAUGCAAAUGGUCAUGGUCACCUUCUUAGGGUAAAUGGUAGAGAAGGGGGAUCUCGGAUACUUUCUGGGUGCCAUAUAAUGGACUUUUGGGAUCGGCUGUGUAAGACACUAGGAGUCAGAAAGGUCAGUGUUAUGGAUGUGUCAAAGAAGUAUGGGUUGGAAUACAGACUUCUUCAUGCUAUCACAAAAGGGCAUCCAUGGUAUGGUGACUGGGGUUAUAAAUUUGGUGCUGGUAGUUUUGCAUUGACUGUGGAUGCCUAUAAAUCAGCUGUUGAAACCCUCUCCAGCAUACCCUUAUCCAUUUUUCUUUCUCAAGGGCGUAAACCUCGCACUCGUUUGCAGGACAUAAUCUCGUUUUACCAAUCUUUGGCAGACCAUGAGCUUGUAAAUACAAGGGAUCUCUUUUGUUAUUUAAUCAGUUUGAUCCGUAAUGCUCACAAGUCUUCCUCAAGGAUUGAGGAUUCUACCUGCAAGAAGCGUCAUAUGUGCACUGGGACUUCUCCCUCGUGGAGCAAGUUUGAUAUUGAGCACGUUGAAGAAGCCAUGCUUAGAGUACUGCGAGCAGUUUCUGGGUCCACCUGGGUAAGUUGGCGUACUUUGAGAGGUGCUGUUUGUAAAGUAGCUCCUUCAGAGCUCCUUGAUCAUUGCCUUAAGGAACUUGGAGGGAAAGCGGCUGCUGAUGGAAUGAUUGUUGGUAACCGAUGCAAUCCUGAUUCAGGCGCUUUUGAGUAUAGGCUGGAGCCUGGAAAUCCACCUUCAAGUGGUCUUACUAUUGGCAUUGGCUCUUCUGGCAUUACCUGUCCAUCUGAAGAAAAACUCAUGCAAGACCUGAAAUUUCUUUAUGAAUGCUUGCUACACCCUAGGGACAUGGUGAGUUACGGAACAGAAGCAACAAGGGCUCUUGCUAUUGGUUCAGCUGAAAGACUCCUUGACUGCAAGCAAUUUGUUAAAGAGUAUGCAGCUGAGAAAAUGUCAUCAAUUACAAAUCCACCUGUUAUGUGCCUCUUGUGUGAUGUGGAAAUAAUGGAUUUGACAGAAGAAAAUGCUACAAGCCACCCCCCAGAACUGAUUGUCUUGCCCCAAAAUGCAACAGUUUACGACCUUAAGCUUGAAGCGUCAAAGGCAUUUCAAGAAGUGUAUUUGAUGUUCAAAAGAUUCCAAGCUGAAGAGCUUCUUGGCUAUAGAGGUGUUGAUGAUUCCACCCAGGUCAAACUGCUGUUAGGGUCUACUGAAUUUGUUAAGGUACGGGGAAGAUGCCAUGGGAAAAAUGCUCUUAGCAAGUUUAGAAUGGAGAGAGGAAUAGAAAGGUGGACUGUUGAUUGCAUUUGCGGUGCUAAAGAUGAUGAUGGAGAAAGAAUGUUAGCUUGUGAUGUUUGUGGAGUGUGGCAGCACACCAGGUGUUCUCAUAUUCCUGACGUUGAGUCAGUGCCCGCUAAGUUUGUCUGUCGCCGAUGUAGAGUGGCUGGUGAAGUGACUAAAUCUACUGGGUAGUGGAAGAACAGGAGGCUUGUGUUGAUACCGAUGCACUAACUUGGGAAAGAGAGCGGCAACUACAUUUGAUGUUCAGUGAUUUUUUUUUUUAAUGUUGUAAAUGCCUUUUUUUGAGUUAUCCUUGGGCGCAAAAUGAAUUUGUACAUAAGAGACGUGCCUAAAAAGUGCAUCAAUGCAGCUGUUCUCUCUUUCCAAUUGUCAUGCUUUCCAAUAAUAAUAAUGUUAUCGAGUUAAGAUUUUCUUGGUCA